AUGUCUCGCCUGAUCUGUCGCUUGCGACAAUGCUCCCUCUUCCCGCGUCCUGCUUCACCCGUACGUCAAUUUGCACAAUCAAAUUUUCCUCUUCUGGAUUCAAGCACAUUGCUCGAGGAAGAAACGCUUCCGUGGUAUGAACAGUGUCGCUUUUAUCCUGUACAAAUCGGCGAAGUUCUUCACUCCAGGUACCAAGUCAUUGGAAAGUUGGGAUUCGGGGGUUACUCGACGGUUUGGCUUGGCAGGGAUCUCCAACAACAUGUUUACGUCACAUUGAAGGUGUUUGAGCGCCAGUCAACCGAAAGCAGAAGAGAAAUCGAAGUCUAUGAUCGCCUCAGCAAAGCCAAUUCGACCCAUGCAGGCACCAUGUUUGUUCGCACGGCCCUGGAUAAUUUCCAGAUUGGCCCAGCAGAUGCUUACUAUCCAUGCCUUGUCCACAAACCGCUAGGCAUAAGUCUGCGUGACCUUCGAAAUCAAUUUGCAGCUAAAAUACUCCCUGAAAAAAUACUCAAAUUGACUUUGCAUCAUAUCCUACUUGCCCUGGAUUUUCUACACACGGAAGCUGACAUCGUUCACACUGAUAUACAAGAAAAGAAUAUCAUGCUUGGGAUUGACGACGUUUCCAUAUUGUCCGACUUUGAGGAGGAGGAGAAAUCCAAUCCCAGCCCUCGGAAGAUCGCCGGGGAUCGGGUGAUCUAUUCUUCUCGGAACCUUAGAAGAACGAAGCAACAUGGCCGGCCUAUCCUGUGUGAUUUUGGUCAAGCUCGAUUUGGAUCCUCUCGAUAUUCUGGUGACAUUCAACCUUAUAUUUAUCGAGCUCCAGAGGUACUUCUCCAAACGUUUUGGGAUCGAAAAGUCGACAUUUGGAAUGUGGGGGUCGUUACCUGGGAUCUUUUCCACAAAGGGCAUCUAUUCUACGCCAGAGACUCGACGAGGAAGAACUCAGAUUCUCAUCACAUCGCUGAAAUGAUUGCACUUCUUGGUCCGCCACCGAAGGAGAUGAUACAGAGCAGUGAAUAUGCUGCAGAAGUUUUUGACGGUGAAGGCAAUUGGAAGGGAGUGGUUCCGAUUCCUUCAUUAACUUUGGAGCAGCUCGAAGGAAAUUUGCAUGGGACGCAGCAGAAGCCUUUUCUUGAAUUCAUGCGCAAGAUGCUUCAAUGGCGCCCAGAAGAGAGAGCCUCAGCAAAGGACUUAUUGUCGGACCCCUGGUUAAGAUCGCCGUAA